AUGUCUGACAACGCUCAAUCGGAUCCCCAAAAUCCACCCCAGCCCUAUCAAAACAUUGACAACCAAUUCAACAAUACCAGUGGCGCACCACAAAACAACGAGACUGGCACGGGAGCGCAACACAACUACAAUGCAGACGGCCAGAACAUCAACCAUGGCAGGGACCAAAACAUCAAUAGUGGACCAGGACAAUUUUACACCGGUCCUCAGCCAUUGAAGGAUGGGUGCACUAUGGCAUACGCAUGA